GAUCCGACGGACCCUAAGCAGAAUCCCUUGAACCCGCAGGGGCUGAAGCCAUGCUGCGCCUGCCCGCAAACUAAGCGCGCUCGGGACGACUGCUUCCUCGCGAACGGCGCCGAGGCGGACGAGAAGUGCAAGGAGCUCGUCGCCAGCCAUGUCGCCUGCAUGCGCGGGCUUGGUUUCAACAUCUAA